AUGCGCACACCCAUUCAGCAGGCGGCACAGAAUGGCCACGUCGAGGUGGUUAAGAUACUGUUGGAGGCUGGUGUUCAAGUUGACCCACACAUGGACAGCUACGAUAUCGAGAUGCCCUCUCCCCUAUGGCUUGCGGCUCAGGGAGGACAUGUUGAGCUUGUCGAGCUUUUGAUUCGAAAAGGCGCUUACGUUAACUUCUCAGUCCAUCCAUCAAAGCGCUUACCAAUACACGCAGCCACCGAGGACGGGCAUACCGAAACAGUCCACCUCCUCAUCAUAAACGGGGCGGAUAUAGACGCUCGAGAAGAGGACGGCUGGUCUCCCCUUGCAAUUGCAGCUAAUCAAAACCAUAUCGGGGUCGUCAAUCUUCUC